AUGGACGCUGGCGCCCCUCCUUAUCCUCCUCUAGAGGACCGCCCUCUAAAAAACACCAUCGCCCUCUUCGAUGUAGACGAGACUCUAACGCCGGCGCGUCGCGCUGCUUCUCCCGAAACCCUUCGCACGCUUGAGCUACUUCGACAGAAGGUCGCUAUCGGAUUCGUCGGCGGAUCGAACCUGGCCAAGCAGCAAGAACAGUUGGGCGCCGCUGACCGCCCCGUUACCACCAUGUUCGAUUUCUGCUUUAGCGAGAACGGUCUGACGGCCUACAAGAUGGGUGCCGAGCUACCUUCCAACAGCUUCAUCAAGUGGUUAGGCGAGGACAACUAUAAGGAACUAGCCAACUGGAUCCUGCACUACAUCGCCGACCUCGACAUCCCUAUUAAGCGCGGUACCUUUAUCGAAUUCCGCAACGGCAUGAUCAACGUCUCCCCCAUCGGCCGUAACGCCAGCACCCAGGAGCGCGACGAGUACCAAGCCUACGACGAGAAGCACAGGAUCCGAGAAACUAUGGUCGCUAAGAUGAGGGAGAAGUUUGGGCACUUGGGCCUGACCUUCUCGAUUGGUGGUCAAAUCUCCUUCGACGUCUUCCCCACGGGUUGGGACAAGACAUACUGCCUAAAGCACCUUGAGGAGGAGGCCAAGAAGCCCGGCGGCAUCAACUAUACCAACAUCCACUUCUUCGGCGACAAGACCGAAAAGGGUGGUAACGACUACGAGAUCUACUCCGACCCCCGCACUAUUGGCCAUUCCGUCAAGGGUCCCGAGGACUGCAUGAGGCAGGUUAAGGAGACCUUUGGUCUAUAA